AUGAUUGGCUCUAAAACACAGGAGCGGAGGAUCGAUACGCUGUCAGGCUGUCUGAUCACAGAGGAAGGCUGUGCUUCUCUGGCCUCAGCUCUGAGCUCCAACCCCUCCCAUCUGAGAGAGCUGGACCUGAGCUACAAUCAUCUAGAAGACUCAGGAGUUACGAUGCUCUCUGCAGGACUAGAGGGUCCACACUGGAGACUGGACAAUCUCAGGGUGGAGCCUGGUGGAGUCCGAUGGUUGAGACCAGGUCUGAGAAAGUAUUCCUGUGAUUUCACACUCGACAUAAACACAGUACACAGAAAUCUCAAACUGUCUGACAACAACAAGAAGGCGAUAUGUGUGGAGGAGGAUCAGCCAUAUCCUGAUCAUCCAGACAGGUUUGAAGACUGGCCUCAGCUGCUGUGUAGAGAUGGUCUGACUGGUCGCUGUUACUGGGAGAUCGAGUGGAGAGGAGAGGUUAAUAUAUCAGUGACUUAUAGAGGAAUAAAAAGAAGAGGAGGCAGCAAAGACUGUGUGUUUGGAUGGAAUGAUCAGUCCUGGAGUCUGACCUGCUCUAACUUCACUAAACUUUCUGAAACGGGGCACUGGAGUCUGAUCUGCUCUGAUGAUGGUGAUUACUCUGUCAGUCACAAUAAGAGAGGAACGUUCUCCUCCUCCUCCAACAGAGUAGCAGUGUAUGUGGACUGUCCUGCUGGCACUCUGUCCUUCUACAGAGUCUCCUCUGACACACUGAUCCACCUCCACACCUUCAACACCACAUUCACUGAACCUCUUUAUCCUGGCUUUGGGUUCUGGUCCUGGUCUGGUUCUGGUUGCUCAGUGUCUCUGUGUUCUGUGUAGGAGGGAGAGUCUCCUCCUGGUAGAGAACAGAUCAGUUGAGUCUGUACAGGAUCAUAGAAAUCUUUCAGCUUCUUGUAAUAAAUCCAUCAAUGAACUUUGUACAAAGUGAUUGAACAGAUUCCUCAUUUCCAUGUAAACUUCUUCCACUUCCAGUCCUUUAAAGAUGGAAGCUCUGAUCAUUAAAUGGUGGAAAUGCCGUUGACUUGGACCUUCUGUCAUGUGUUGCUUUGAAUUCUGGCUCUUGUUCCAAUAAAAGCAGAAUGUUACUGUGA